AUGGCUGACGAGUGUCGCCUCCCGUUGCAAUCAGAGAAGGCACUGUCUUACACCAUCAAACCUCAUCUUCUCGCCUAUUGUCCUCGGACGGAUCUGCUUGCGGUUGUCACACAAGAUGAAGUAAUCGAAGUCUACCGCAUUGGCGGCCAACGCGCUUUUGUUGUCAAACGAAAGAGUCCAUCCACAGUCGCCGUUGGUCUCGAGUGGAUCCGUGAUGGCAAAUGCUUGGCUGUAGCUCUCAAUACUGGUUUCGUGGAUAUCGUCUCUGGAGAAACUGGAAAGAUCAUCCGACAUGGUGGUGAUGAUCCGUUCAGUAUCGAUGCUGCAAAUCCGAAGUCAAAGGUCGCACGGGGCGAAAUUACCUGUCUAGGUUGGGGCACAGUAUCGACACGAGAGAGCAUCGAGUCAAAGAAGCCUUCGAAGCCUGCGCUAGAUCAAUCUAUGAUCAAUGAUCUAUGGAGUCGCCUUGGACUCGACCCUGAUGAGACAUCACUCGCGGACGAUGAGGACGAUGUUGAGACGCAAGGACAAGAAGCUUUGCUCAAAGACCUGCCUCGUCAACUGGCUUUCCUUGAUGUCGAGUCGAUACUCCCUCGUCUCAGUCCGAUCCCGACUCGACAUACUGCUACAAAGCAUCACGCUAUCUUGCGAGCAGAUCGUGAUGAUGAGACACUGGAAGGAGACGAUCAAGGCCUCAAGAACCUACACAUUACUCUGUUCGACAUACCACUCAUGUCAUCUGGGGGGUCACAUCUGCACCUCAUCAUUUCGCGAACAGCACAGCUUCGUGACUUGUGCGGGUACAUAUCAUGCAGCAUUGUGUCGGCCAAAAGCGAUUGGACGACCCACACUAAUCUUCCCUCUCGGUUCAUGGAGAAUGUGAACGAGACGUUGGAGGAAAAGGGUGAGGGAGUUUUGGAAGACAACUUGUAUCACCUCGCCAUGACUGGACAUUUCACACCGACGAUUCUGGAAUGGCUACGGGAUGAGCUAGCUGAGCGCGGUCACAAACGCUGGGAUCACGCCAUGACAACACUUUACAACGAACUCUCCAAGAUCCUACAUACAAACCUGCUUCCGGUGCUUGAACGGAGUGCUGUGGUCGCAACAAAUCUACGAGGUCUGGCUCGAUACUAUUCCAACACGACACACUUCAACGUAUCGCCAGAUGUUUUCACUUCUAUCCUCUCAACCCUAUCAUCUCUCCAACUACUCGUUCACGAGACAGUACAGGUACUAGGCACCGAGCAGCGCCAGUUCCGUGCAUUCUCGCGAUGGCUACGGCACCAAAUUGAUCUCGCAGCCGCAGAUCCAGAGUCACUCAGUGCAAAAGACAUGGCCGAGCGAGAAACGCCACAGCUCGAUCUCCCCAACACACUCGCGUACCUCGAAGGUGGAUUGACCAAAAGUCGACUGAAGGCCAUAGUCUUCUCUACACCCUCGGUUGAUGAUCAAACCAAG